GAUGGAGGCAAGUUUCGCGAGUUCGUCGAGAGGGUGGGCCGAUUGAGGGGUCAUGUGUACUGUACAAUGAGGGCUUUUUUUAAGUCCAAGCCCCCAAGCCUAAAGAACUAUAAGUAGAGGCUGAAAUCACGCCAUCGGGCCCCGGGAAAAAAUGACCAAAACCGACCCCACGGACCAACAACGCCUCCUCCUGGUCAGCGUCCCGCGCACCGCCUCCAACCUGCUCCUCAAAGUCCUCAACAUCCACUCCCAACCCGCCCUCCACACCAACAACAAAGGCGGCUACUUCUUCUUCGAUGCCUUCACAGCCGCCGCGCAGAGCAGCGUCCUGAUCACCCCGCCGGCCACCUGGCCCCCCGCCACCGUGGCGCAAGUCCGCUCCGUCUUCCAGUCGUGCUUCGAUGCCCUGGAGGCCUUCUCCGCCGAGGCCGCCACGAACGGCAAACGGGCCUUCGCCAAAGAACACGCCUUCUGGUUCGCCAACCCGGUCUCCUUCCACCCGACCGACCCAGACGAGUCGGCCUCGGACGAUGCGGACAGAAGAGAAGCAGACGAGACCCUCUUCCGUCUGCCCCUGCCCGAAACAUACGGCCCCACCACCACCGCCACGUUUUCGUCAGGCAACGAAACCAUCUUUCCCGACGAAUACCUCCGCACCUGGCGCCUGGCCUUCAUCAUCCGGCAUCCGGCCCUCGCGUUCCCGAGCUUCUACCGCGCCAUGCGCAAGGUCGGCGAGACCGGGUAUCUGGUCGAUGACGAGGAGACGCUGCGCGGCACGCUGGCGACCAAUAUGUCCCUGCGGUGGACGAGGGGGUUAGUCGAGUGGUGUCUGCGGCAGAAGCCGGGGGAGGAGGUUCUCCUGCUUGAUGCCCAUGAUUUGAUUCAUGAGCCGGCGGCGGUGAGACGGUUUUGUCGGCUGGCUGGGUUGGACGAGGGGGUGGUCAAGUGGGAGUGGGGCGUGGGCGAGCCGCAUCAGCGCAGGGGCAAGAAGGAGGAGGAAGAGGGGGUGCUGACCCAGGAGCAGAGGGAUUAUUAUGCUGCGGCCAGGAUUAUGUUGUCCACGCUGGAGGGGUCAUCUGGCGUGAUGAAGGAGAAGACGCCGGCCGCGGUGGAUGUAAGGGCUGAGGUUAUGAAGUGGAGAGGGGAGUUUGGGGAGGAGAUCGCCGCGAUGUUGGAGCGCGCGGUUGAGGAGGCCAUGCCGGAUUAUGAGUUUCUGAGGGGAAAGAGGGUGAGAGGGUAGGUUUGGGUGGUUGAUGUCAGGUUCAUGAGAGGGGUUUUGGGGCGGGUGGUGAGGAGUCCAUUGUUGUGGUAUAGCAUAUGUGCUGAUUGUAUACGAUGGUGCAGGUUGGUUUCGCGAUAAAGGUA